AUGCCGCUCGACCUCUCCCCCUCCUCCUCCGACGACGAGCGAACACUAGGCGGCGAAAAUGCGACCACGACGAGCAGCAUCGCGCAACUCAGAGCUCGGUUGGAAUUGGAAAAAGAGAGGAAACGAGAACGGAGUGGAUUGGACGCUCACGACGGAGAACGACGAGAAGAACAACAGCAGCAAAAACAAAGGCACGAGGAAGAGCGAGUGAUGCUGAAAGGUGUGAUUGGUUCGUUAUCGGAGGAGAACGCGCGGUUGAUGGAGGAGAUGAAGACGAUGAUGGCUUCUGCGUCCUCGAGUGGUGGUGGUGGUGGAAAUGCAACGAACAGGAGCGAAAACGAAAACGAACGAGGAAAACAAAUACUCCUUUUAGAGAAGCGCGCGAAAGAAUUCCAACGCCAAAAAGAGCUCGCGGAAAGAGCGCGAGGCGAAGAUUCCACGCGCUUAUCGCAAAAACUCAUGGACGCGGAGACUAUCAAAAAUCGAUUUCAAUCGCAACUCCGCGAGUGUCGCGAAGCGCUCGAAACGAAAGAGAAAGAGUUGAAGCGCUUGCGGGAACAUUUGUUGGACGUGGAAGAGGCGGAGGAUAGAGACGAGAUGUCGAUCGAAGAACGGGUGGAAGAGGAGAAGAGAAGAGUGGAAGAGAAGUUCGAGAAGGAAGUGGAGCGACUUUCGAUGCAACUGAUGGAGAAAGAAGACGGAUUGAAUAGGAAAAUAAAAGAGGUUGAAAAUUUAAAUCGAGCGUUGGGAAGUUUUUACGCCGAUCAGGAACAGAUGGACGGGAGGACGAACGAAGCGAAAGAGGCGAGGCAGAAAUUAAGAGAGACGAGUGGUAAGUUGAGAGAGACCAUGGAGCUUUUGGAGAAGAAAACGAUGGAGAUGGAAGAGUUGGAAAGGAAACGAGGGAGAGCCGAAGAAAAGUUUAAAGACGCUUCGAGAAAGUGCGCCGAGGCAACCGCGCAGUCCACAAAGUUGAGAGUCGCUUUGACGCAAGCGAUUAAAAAAAUCGCGCGGCUGUCCUCAUCAUCUGCUGGUUGUGAUGAUGGCGAGAACGAAGUGUUCAUCGACAAGUCGGUCAUCACGAAGCUUUUGGUGACGUAUUUCGAACGCAACUUUUCCGAAGAGGUGCUCGAAUUGAUGUCGAGACUGUUAAACAUGGAAGACUCGCAACGAGAAGCGAUCGUUUUAGGCGCAAGACGAGCAACUGGAGUGAUAUCUAAAGUCGCGAGGGCACCGUUAGGAAUCGCCAGAGGCGUCGGGAAAGCUUUUGGAGCGAUAUCCGGGGUUGGAUUGAGGGUUGUAGGCGCCACGGGAGAGAACGCAGAAGUUCCAGUGGCGGAUUUGUUCAUAGAUUUUUUGUUGAAAGAAGCCGAGGAAGAGCUCAAUAACAAUGACGCCUCUACAGCCGAAGAAGAAGAGAAGGAAAAUAGCACCCCGUUACCGAAAAGUCCCUCGUCGGAGAGAGGAGGAAUAUUUAGCGCCGUCGACGUGGAAUAA